ACUGGAACCCUUGGGGCGCUGGGGUUCUAUGAGGCGAAACCACUAUUUUUACUGAGUAGGAAACUUAGGCCAGGCCCGGGGCAGGGCGGGGCCUUGACUUGUCCAAUGAAAACUCGGGCAGGACAAAGCUUUUGUUUUCUCCUGGGAUUGGAAGGGGAGGGGCACCGUUGUGCCUGCUGGGGGAUGGAAUUCGGGCUCAGACUACAUUUCCCCGAAUGCCUUGCUGCAGAGCACGGUGUAUUCUGGGAGGUUCAGGAUUGGCUCCUGGAGAGGUCUCUGCAACGUUUUCUGCCGCGCCCUGCUACGGAGUCCUGGAGUCGUGAAGGUGGACGGGAGUGCGCACGCGUAUUUCCUCUUUUUGCUCGGACCCCUACUUGCUGAAGUCGAGUGGGCGUGAAGCAGAUCGCGCUGAGGUUUCCACUUCCCCUCCUUACUGAAACUGCAGGAUUUUGUGUCCACCUCCCUUUCUCAGUUUCCUCUCCUGGACGGGCAUCUCCAUCUUUUCAGCUCCACAAGGCCUCAGUCCCAGCUUUAGUGGAAGGAGAAGGUGAUGUAAGAUCUCCCCCAAGGAAGGGAAUCUGACCCAGGAGAGGACAUCUGCUCUAAGACCAUUCAUCCAGCUUCAGGGCAGCAUCUGAUAAGAAGGAGCAAAUAGUGAAUCCAGUGCUGCUCCUCCCAGCUGAGCAGAGAGGACUUGAGUGAAGUCAGAGAAAUGAGAAAACUGCAAGGACAGGCUCCUGCAGGACACGUGACCCUCACACAUCAAGAGAGUGGCUUUCCCCAAUUUAGCAGCCUAGAGGAGGAGGAAGGAGGGACUUCUGGGGUUCUUGCUGCUAGGUUUCGGUCAUACGUGACACUGGAGUCAUCGCAUUUGUACUCUAAUCUUGCAGACACCAUUGCUCCAGGGAGGAUAGAAAUUAAGGAAUCUUUGACAUUCAAGGAUGUGGCUGUGGAGUUCACCUGGGAGGAGUGGAGACACCUGGAUCCCACCCAGAGGGCCCUGUACAGGGAUGUGAUGUUGGAGAACUAUGAGAACCUGGUAUCCAUAGGAAUUCCUGUUUCCAGACCAGAUUUGACCUUCCUGUUGAAGAGAAAAGAUAUAUGGAAUCGAGAGGAAGAAGUUAGGACAGGCAUUUCUCCAGAUUUCCUUAUUGAAGAGAACAGAAUUGAAAUGAAGGAUUCAAGUCUGAAGCAAUUCAUCUGCUUGGAAUCAUUAUCUCAUCAAAAACUAGGAAAGAAUUUGACAUGGCAUCCCAAGAUGAGAGAAUCUGUGAUGUGUGAUAAUUUAGAGAAACAUAAAGGCAACCAGGAUAAACAAUCUAGACAAGUAACAAUAAAUCCUAGAACAAUUUUGAAUAAAGUCGAUGUACUUCAGUGUAAUACAUAUGAGAGAAAUUUCAGAUUGAAGUCAGCAUUCAUUGCUCCAUGGAGAAGAGCUUUAGAGAAAAGUCUCCAUAUAUAUAAGGGACUUGGAAGGAGCUUCAGGGAUCUUCCUGAUACAUGUGAUACAUUUUUCUUGGGGAAGAACUUAUAUCAGUAUACCACAUUCAAGAAACCCUUCAGUUACCACUCAGAUCUAAUUAAAUUGAAAGGAAUGCUUGCUAGAGAAAAGCUACAUGAAUCCAGAAAACUUAAUGGCAGAAGAUCAAAUUUUACUGUAUAUCAGAAAAUUCAGAAAGGAGAAAAACAUUACAUAUGUAAUGAAUGUGGGAAAGCCUUUAGCCGGAAGGGACAUCUUGUUUCCCAUCAGAGAACUCAUACUGGAGAGAAACCAUUUCGGUGUAAUGAAUGUGGGAAAGCCUUUAGCUGGAAGGAAAGUCUUAUUAUUCAUCAAAUUAUUCAUACUGGAGUAAAACCAUUUAAAUGUAAUGAAUGUGGGAAAGCUUUUAGUCAAAAGAGAAAACUUAUUAACCAUCAGAGAAUUCAUACUGGAGAGAAACCAUUUAAAUGUAAUGAAUGUGGGAAAGCUUUUAGCUGGAAGGAAAGUCUUAUCACUCAUCAGAGUACUCAUACUGGAGAAAAACCAUUUGAAUGUAAUGAAUGUGGGAAAACUUUCAGUGCAAGGAAAAGUCUUAUAAAACAUCAGAGCAUUCAUACUGGAGAGAAACCAUUCCAGUGUAAUGAAUGUGGGAAAGCUUUUAGUCAAAAGGUAAAUCUUAUUACUCAUCAGAGUAUCCAUACUGGAGAAAAACCAUUUGAAUGUAAUGAAUGUGGAAAAACCUUUAGCCGGAAAGGGCAUCUUGUUUCCCAUCAGAGAACUCAUACUGGAGAGAAACCAUUUGAAUGUAAUGAAUGUGGGAAAGCCUUUACCUGGAAGGAAAGUCUUAUUAUUCAUCAGAUUAUUCAUACUGGAGAGAAACCAUUUAAAUGUAAUGAAUGUGGAAAAACCUUUACUCAAAAAAGAAAACUGAUUACCCAUCAGAGAACUCAUACUGGAGAGAAAUCAUUUGAAUGUAAUGAAUGUGGGAAAGAUUUUAGCUGGAAGGAAAGUCUUAUUGCUCAUCAGAGUACUCAUACUGGAGAGAAACCAUUUGAAUGUAAUGAAUGUGGAAAAGCUUUUAGUGUAAGGCAAAGCCUUAUAAAACAUCAGAGAAUUCAUACUGGAGAGAAACCAUUUCAGUGUAAUGAAUGUGGGAAAGCCUUUAGUCAGAAAGUAAAUCUUAUUACUCACCAGAGUACUCAUAGUGGAGAGAAACCAUUUGAAUGUAAUGAAUGUGGAAAAGCCUUUAGUCAUAAGAGAAGACUUAUUGCCCAUCAAAGAACUCAUAAUGGAGAAAAACUAUUUGAAUGUAAUGAAUGUGGUAAAGACUUUAGUUCUAAGGAAAGUCUUAAUGCCCAUAAAAGAACUCAUACUGGAGAGAAACCAUUUGAAUGUAAUGAAUGUGGGAAAGCCUUUAGUCAAAAGGUGAAUCUUACUACUCACCGGAGUAUUCAUACUGGAGAGAAACCUUUUGAAUGUAACGAAUGUGGAAAAACUUUCAGUGUAAGGCAAAGCCUUAUAAAACAUCAGAGAAUUCAUACUGGAGAGAAACCAUUUCAGUGUAAUGAAUGUGGGAAAGCUUUUAGCUGGAAGGGAAGUCUUAUUAUCCAUCAGAGAACUCAUACUGGAGAGAAACCAUUUCAGUGUAAUGAAUGUGGGAAAGCCUUUAGUCAUAAAAGAAGAUUUAUUAUCCAUCAGAGAAUACAUACUGGAGAGAAACUAUUUGAAUGUAAUGAAUGUGGGAAAGACUUUAGUUGUAAGGAAAGUCUUAUUACCCAUCAGAGAACUCAUACUGGAGAGAAACCAUUUAAAUGUAAUGAAUGUGGGAAAGCAUUUAGCCAAAAGGGAAGUCUUAAUAUCCAUCUGAGAACUCAUACUGGAGAGAAACCAUUUGAAUGUAAUAAAUGUGGAAAAACCUUUAGUCAUAAGAAAAGUCUUGUCGUCCAUCAGAGAACUCAUACAGGAGAAAAAUAAUUUAAAUGUAAUAAAUGUGAGAAAACUAAUAGUCUUCAGAGAAUACUUAUCUAUCAGAGAACUCACUGAGGAGAAACCAUUGGAAUGUAUAAUCAUUGUGAGAAAACUUUUAUUGUAAGGGAUAAUUUUAUCAGGCAUCAGAGACCUCACACUGCCAAGAGACCAUUUGAAUGUUAGUCCCAAGAGAGGCUUUUUUAUUCAUUAGAGAACUCAUGCAGGAGAGAAAUAAUUUUAAUGUGAUCCAUGUAAGAAAACUUUUAGUCAUUAGAGAACACAUCUAUCAAAGAACUCAGUAGAGAUAAACCAUUGAAAUGUAAUCAAUGUGGGAAAACUUUUAGUACAAGGGGAAACUUUAUCAAGCAUUAGAGACCUCACACUGAAGAGAAAUCAUUUGAAUGUAAUGAAUGCAAGAAAGACUUUAAUUAUAAGAAAAAUCUUAUUCCCCAACAGGAAACUCACACUACAAAGAAAACAUUUUAAAAUAAUGAGUGUUGGAAAAUCUUGAGUUGCCAAACUGUACUUAAUAGCAGAGAAUUGAUAGCAAAUGCCUUUGCAGAUAUGCAGUAGGAAACCUUUCUCUUCAAAAGAACUUUUCAUUACCCAUCAUUUGAAUAUACUUAAUAUGGGAAAAUUUUCAGUGAAUGCAAAGCCUUAUAAAACAUCAGAACUCUCACUGGAGAGAAACCAUUUAAAUGUAAUAAAUGUGGGAAAAGCUUCCAUCAGCAGUCAAGCUACACUACACAUCAGGGAAACGAUACUGGUUAGGAAGAGCCUUUGCAUGGAAUGACUAUGAGAAAACCUUCAUUUUAUUGCCCACUAGAGAACUCACUGUGGAGAGAAACCAUUUGAAAGGAAUGACUUUGAGAAAGCCUUUAGUUAUAGGAUAAAUGUUAUUACCCAUACGGGAAAACCUGAUUGCAGUAUUUGAACCUAGCCAUGCAAGAUUCCCUUAUUGAACAGAUCAGGAUUGAAACCAAGGAUUCAAGUCUGAAGCAAGUCAUCUGUUAGGAAGCUUUAUCUCAUCAAAAAAUUGGGAAAGAAUAUGGUUUGACCUUCCAAGAUGAUAGAAGCUGGGAUCUGUGAUAAUAGCUUAGAGCCAUGAUGGUGAACCUAUGGCAUGUUUGUCAGAGAUGGCACACAGAGACCUCUGUGGACAUGUGCACUGUCCAGGCAGAGUUAGUUACUAGAAAGGCAGAGGGACUCCAGUGGAGCUGCUCCCUUCCCCCUCUCCACUGCACCUCUCAACCCCUCUGUGCUUACUCCCUCCUCUAAGUGGAGUACUCUGGCUACUCCCCUCCACUGUCUGGGACUAUGGGCUGUGGGGGUGGGGGUGAGAGUCUCCCACCAUCAGAUUCAGCCCCACCCAGUAAAAGAUCUCUCACCAGUCUGGGGAAUGACACUGUCCUUCCCCACCCCCACCCCCAAAAGGCUGACUGUGCUCCCUCUGCCCCCACCCCCAUCCCCAGGUGGGUCACAGUCCAGUUGGCAGUUCCACACCUAGCACAGUGCUGACCUUACAGGUGCACAAGUUGUUAUGCAGAUAUAAGCAGCCUAUCUCUGUGACAGAGUAAAGCUGAGGUAGAGUGGGUCUGCAUUUGAAUUGGACUCACAAGGAUCAGCACCUCUUGUAAUAAGAAGCCACUUCCCCCACCUUCCAGACUGUACUAGUCUUUGGCCUAGUGAAUCCUGACAGCAGCCCCCCUGCUAGGCCCCCAGGUCCCCAUGGGCAAGAGCCAGCUAGGAACCUGGCUCCCACCUCCAAAUUGGGGGGGGGGGGGACAUGGCAAACAAUCCCCAAAAGGUUUGCCAUCACUGGUUUAGAGAACCAUAAGGGCAACCUAUGAGGUCCUAAAACAAAUUUGAACAAAGUGGAUAUACUUCAAAUUAAUCCAUUUGAGAGAAAUUUCAAUCUGAUAUCAAGCUUUCAUAGCCUCAUAGAGAAAAGCUUUAGAGAAAAGUCUCUAAAUACUAGGAACUUGUAAAGAGCUUCAGGAAUUUUCCUGGAAUAUGUGAUCCAUUCUUAGGGAAGAACCUGUAUAAGUCUACCACAUACAAGAAGCCCUUCAGGUACCACUUGGGUUUAAUUAGAUCGAAAGGAACGCAUGCUGGAGAAAAGCUAAAUGAGCGUCAGGUCUAAUGUUCCUUCCACUGUCCCACAUAGCCACUAGCAUGUGAGAAUUAAAGCUUAGUUGUAAAUUUGUGAUCUCACUGUCAUAGGGUCCAAAAAUCAACUUCACCUGUACAAGGUGGGGGACGCAUGCUUAGAAGUUCUUAAAGAGAACAACCCAGAUAUGUAAGUAUUGUUUGCAUGAUCAUAUAUGUAUAACCCAGAUCAGAUUGUUUACUUUCUUUCUCGAGGUGGGGGGAGGGAGGCAAUUUGAGUUAUAAUUUAAGAAAAUACAUCAAAAUUUGUUACGUGUAAUUGGGGAAAUAAAUCUUUUGUAAGAGAACUGUCUAA